UGUAACGACAUUGACACAUGCGGUAAAAGUUUCCCGAGUUUUCUUGUUUCCUCCCGGACAUUUCACUGGAACGGACCGUGUUCCGGUUGGUGAUGUCGGUUAACUGUGCAUGCUGUCGAGUGUAUCCUCUGCUAAAGUUGUAAGUGUUGACACCUGUCUGAACCUCAGCCAUGGGAAUCCUGGAGAAAAUCGCGGAAAUAGAGAAAGAAAUUUCUCGAACACAGAAAAACAAAGCCACUGAGUACCAUCUGGGUUUGCUCAAGGCCAAGCUAGCCAAAUACAGAGCUCAACUUCUGGAGCCCUCCAAGUCAGCAGGGGCCAAAGGGGAGGGGUUCGAUGUCAUGAAAUCAGGAGAUGCUCGUGUCGCUCUCAUCGGUUUCCCCUCUGUGGGUAAGUCCACCUUUCUUAGCUUGAUGACAUCAACGGAAAGUGAAGCUGCUUCCUAUGAGUUUACGACCCUCACCUGCAUACCUGGUGUCAUAGAGUAUAAAGGGGCCAACAUCCAGCUGCUAGAUCUGCCAGGAAUCAUUGAGGGUGCUGCUCAAGGCAAGGGUAGAGGUCGGCAGGUCAUCGCUGUUGCCAGGACAGCAGAUGUUGUCAUCAUGAUGUUGGAUGCCACCAAAGGAGAUGUUCAGAGGGUACUUCUAGAAAAGGAGUUGGAGUCAGUGGGCAUCAGACUCAACAGAACAAAACCAAAUAUUUAUUUCAAGCCCAAGAAAGGUGGAGGCCUCUCCUUCAACUCCACAGUUCCUCUCACCCAGUGCUCAGAGAAGCUCGUUCAGCUCAUACUUCAUGAAUACAAAAUCUUUAAUGCAGAGGUUCUCUUCAGGGAGGAUUGCACACCAGACGAGUUCAUUGACGUCAUUGUUGGGAACAGAGUUUACAUGCCUUGUCUAUAUGUGUACAAUAAGGUGGAUCAAAUCUCCAUCGAGGAAGUGGACCGCCUAGCACACAGACCUCACAGUGUUGUCAUCAGUUGUGGGAUGAAGCUGAAUCUGGAUUACCUUCUGGAAACGUUGUGGGAAUAUCUGGCUCUGAUCUGCAUUUAUACAAAGAAAAGAGGAGAGCGCCCUGACUUUAAUGAUGCCAUCAUCAUGAGAAGAGGAGCAAGUGUAGAACAUGUGUGUCAUCGAAUCCACAGAACUUUAGCCAGCCAGUUCAAAUAUGCCCUGGUUUGGGGAACCAGUACCAAGUACAGCCCUCAGAGAGUGGGUCUAACGCACAUCAUGGAGCACGAGGACGUCAUCCAAAUUGUUAAGAAGUAAAAAGAAAGACGAAAAGCUUCUGUUUGGACAGAGGAGGAACUCGCCAGGAGAGGAGGAGAAAAUAAACUGUAUAGUAGAGAAUGAAAACAAAAUAAUACCCACCAUCCUUAUUUUGUAUAUGAAAAUUAAGAGAGGCAGUGAAUCAAAGACCUUACAAGAAUUGGACAAGGACAGAAAAUGGUGUAUUUUACCUUUUGAUUAAGAUAAAGAGACACAAGAUGCAUUGAUUCAGAGAGAAUAUGGAUGGAAUAAAGUCCAUACAACAUUUCCAGUCUUUUUAUGUGUUUUAUUUGUAGCCUUAUCUCAAUCUUAGAUUGAGGCGCAUGCAAACCAUGUAAGUUUUUAUGUUUCUGUGUCCUUUAUUAUUAUUAUUAUUAUUAUUAUUUGUUUUGUUACACUUCUUUUGUCAAAGUAAAGAUUACUUUUUG